GCCGCAGCCGCAGCCGGACCCGCAGCAGGUGCAGGUGCAGCCGAGGCGGCCGGAGACAGGGAGCGGCGAGCCGGAGCGUGGGACCUGGGCUGAGGAGCGGGCUGUGCCGGGCAUGGCUCAAUUGGUCACCGUGCCCCCCAGCACCCAGCCGGUGCCCCCCAGCAGGGAGCCAGAGGGAGCUGCGCAGCCGCUGACCAUCACCAGCGCCGACGGCCUGGGCACGGCUGGACCUGGCCGCGCGCUGGCACCUGGGGGCCAGCCUGGGAUGGCCGUGCAGGAGCCAGAUGCAGGGAGCGGGCGCCCGUCGGCCCAAGCAGAAGAGCCCCCCCCGAACCUGCCGCCUGCCCAGGCCUAUUGCUGGGGGUCGCCCCAGUACCAGGGGGAGAGCAGGCAGGCAGCCCCCGCCCCAGCCAUCCUGACACCAGUCGCAGGGGGCUGCAGCGGUCCCGUGGCGCCGGCGGAGACCCUGUUCACCACACGUGCGGACGGGGCGGUGCGGCUGCGCCUGGACCCCGAGGGUCCCGGGGCCUUGCCCCCCAUCACCGUGCACCAGCUGUUCCAGGAGGCGGUGGAGCGCCACGGGGACCGGCCCGCCCUGGCGUACAAGCGGGGGCAGACGUGGGAGAGCCUCAGCUACCGGCAGUACCAGCAGCAGUGCCGGGCCGCCGCCAAGGGCUUCCUGAAGCUGGGCCUGGAGCGCUUCCACGGCGUCGCGAUCCUGGGCUCCAACAGCCCCGAGUGGGUCAUCGCUGACAUCGGGGCCAUCAUGGCCGGGGGCCUGGCGGUCGGGAUCUACAGCACCAGCUCCCCCGAGGCCUGCGGCUACGUCGCCGCCAACUGCGCAGCCAACGUGGUGGUGGUGGAGGACAACGCGCAGCUCAGCAAGAUCCUGCAGGUGCAGAAGCAGCUGCCCCACCUCAAGGCCAUUGUCCAGUACCGCGACCGGCUGGAGGAGAAGAGACCCAACGUGUACACGUGGGAGGAGUUCAUGGAGCUGGGGAGGACCGUGCCCGACUCGCAGCUGGACUCCAUCAUCCGCUCCCAGUGCGUGAACCACUGCUGCCUCCUGAUCUACACCUCGGGCACCACGGGCAUGCCCAAGGGCGUGAUGCUCAGCCAUGACAACGUGAUGUGGGAGAGCCGAAUAUUUAAGGAGGUGCUGGGGCUCCAGGGCCAUGAGGUGGUCCUCAGCUACCUGCCCCUGAGCCACGUUGCUGCGCAGUGCGGAGACAUCUGGGUAGUGAUGUCCGUGGGAGGCACCAUCUUCUUCGCACAGCCCGACGCCCUCAAGGGCUCCCUGCUCCCUACGCUGAAGGAGGUGCGCCCUACGUUCCUGUUCGCUGUGCCCCGCGUGUGGGAGAAGAUGGAGGAGAAGCUCAAAGCCGCCUUCAGCCAGUCGUCCCUGGUCAAGAGGAAGCUGGUGGAGUGGGCACGGGGCAUCGGGCUGCAGGCCAGCUACAGCCGCCUGGACGGGGACGGCUCGUUGCCCUGGGGCUUCGCCCUGGCCGAGCGCCUGGUGUUUAGGAAGAUGCGGGAGGCGCUGGGGCUGCAGCGCUGCGCCGUGCUGCUGACCGGGGCAGCGCCCAUCGCCAAGGACACGCUGGAGUUCUUCAUGAGCCUCCACUUGCCCAUCCUCCAGAUGUUCGGGUUGAGCGAGGGCAGUGGGGUGCACAGCACCUGCAUGCAUGAGGCCUUUUGCAUCAACAGCUGCGGGAAGGAGCUGCCAGGCUGCAGGUCCCGCAUCGAGCAGCCGGACGCAGAGGGCACGGGUGAGCUGUGCUGCUGGGGCCGCCACGUCUUCAUGGGCUACCUGGGCAUGGAGGCUGCGACGCGGGAGGCGCUGGACGAGGAGGGCUGGCUGCACACGGGGGACCUUGUGCGCCGUGACCCCGACGGCUUCCUCUACAUUGUGGGCAGGAUCAAGGAGCUGGUGAUCACGGCGGGCGGGAAGAACAUUGCCCCUGUGCCCAUCGAGGACGCAGUGAAGAGGGAGGUGCCGAUCGUCAGCAACGCGAUGCUGGUCGGCGACAGCAGGAAGUUCCUGUCCAUGCUGCUCACUCUGAAGUGCCAGGUGGAUCCGGAGUCGGGGGCGCCCCUGGACGAGCUGAGCCCCGAGGCCGUGCGGUUCUGCCGGGAGCUGGGCAGCCAGGCCACGCGGGUGUCGGAGGUGCUGAGCACGCGGGACCCGGCUGUGUACCAGGCCAUCCAGCAGGGUGUGGAGCGGGUGAACCAGCGUGCCCCGUCCCAUGCCCAUCGUGUGCAGAAGUGGGCCCUGCUGCCCAGGGACUUCUCCAUCACCGGUGGGGAGCUGGGUCCCACGGCCAAGCUGAAGCGGCGGGUGGUGCUGAGCGCCCACGAGGACACGAUCCGCGGCUGCUACCAGGACUAGCGGGACUGCCGGCUCCUGGGGCCGUGCAAGCAGCAACAAUAAAGUGCGGGACAAGCGGU